UGUUGGGCAGAAGCAGUGGAGACGCCAAGCUUCACACGAUAUAAAAUUGAUAAAGAGUGUUCAGUCAGUUUGUGCCACUCUCGACAGAUAUGUCGCUGUACAUUUCUCUCCGGACGGCCUUUUCCCCAUUGUGUUCAUCAUCAUUAUUGAGACAAAUCAAUUGGACUACGGAGUGAAGAAUUGCUGAGGAAACUGGACCUUGACAUUGGCCCAGAGAGUGUCUAUUAAUCUUGCUGCGAGUGUAAAGAUCUCUUCAAGAACAAUGGGUUGGAAAAGUGUCAAGAAAUCGUCAAAACUCUUAUCAGUGAACCUCUCGAAAAUUGUGUGGUGCACGUAAAUCGAUGGAUUGCGUUAUUGGAACAAAUAAUUUGUGCAAAUUAUCACUUAAUUUACAAUAAUUAAUUUAGCAAUUUAUUGAAAAAUGUUUCGUGCAAUCAAGCGAAAAUGGAAAACAAGCAGAGAAAGGCCACCUGUGAGGAACGACGGAGCUGGCAAGAGUGGCGAAUAUGAUUUGUCAUCUCAGAUCUCACAUCAGCCACGAUACAUUGGCGUCCAACACGGAAAUAUCUUUCUCAGUCCGCGUCCACAGUCGCCGCAGGUGGAGAGACUGCCAGACGACGAUGUAGAGAAGGUGGAAAAUUCUUCAAUUCCAUAUCAGGAGAGAAUUAGUGAACUGGAAGAUGCCGUUUGUCGUCUGCAAAAAAUUGUCUAUCAGAGUCAAACCGGCUUUUCGACUGCGGAGAAAGAAUUGUUGGAGCAAAUCGAUGACAUGAGGAAAACCCAAUUGGCCAAAGACAGGAGGACAAUGCAGAUUUGCCUGGAGCACAGAGCGCUUCAGGAGAGAUUUAUGAGGCAAGAGCGGGUGUUGCAGUGUCUGCAGAAUGAGAAUAGAUCGCUGCACAAGAGAAUUCUGCAAUAUGAACACUGUCUGGAUGAUGUGUCGAAGAGGGUGAUUGACGCUAUAAUAGCUGAGGAUCGUCUUCGGGCGGAGUUUGCGGUGUUGAAGAACAGGAUCAGGGAUUUGGAGGUGAAGAAUGCGGCGAUUGGGUCAAUGGGCAGUCCGGCUCGAGGGCGAGAUGAGGGAUACUGCACGAUGAGCUCAGGACCACUGCCAUCGACGUUGGAGAAUCUGCCUGAGGAGCCUGAGCAGUGGAUUCUGUCGGAUGGUGGACACUCGGCCGACAUGGAGGAUUGGAGCUUGUCGCAGGAGGAACUGGUGGCUCAACUGGAGGAGGACUCCAAUGAGUGGACAUGGGGGAAUCCUCACCUAACGCUGCUGGAUGAUGAGAUUGUUUACUCGGAAAGUGAGGAAUUGCCGUGCAAAGAUUUCACAUCCGAUUUCUACAAGCUCGUCAGUAUUCAGUCGGAGAGCUGCAAAAGUCUCACGCUGGAAGACAGCGAUGGCAAGAUUGACUCGGACUCUGAUGUGGCCGAGCGCGGAUCGUCAAUGAGUGAAUUGGGUCAGGAGCAGAUGUUUAGUUGCUCGUCAAGUGAUGAGUCAACAACAGAGGUGCACUUCUCUCCGAAGCCAGCGAGUGAUGUUCAGGAGCAAAAGAGGCACUACUUUCUUCCCAAGCAGUGGAAGAGGAGCUCUGGAUGGCGAAAGGUCUCCGUACAAACCAAUGAAUCUACCAACGUUGAGGAUGAAUGACCUGCUUCCGUAUAGAUUUUUUUUACAAAUCAUACUCAAAGAUUCAAGGAGUUGGAAGAAAUGAAAAGACUUUCUUGAUUAAUUAUAUUAGAGUUACAUUGCGUAGUAAGUUAAUGGUUUCGAGACGAAAUGUAUUCUUAAAAAAAAACAGAACUGUAGACACUAGUGGUGAGAAGGGGUAUAAUCACUGCCUAAAGAAGACUUUUUGAGAGAUGUUGGAGAAAUUUAUGAAAUAGAAAGACUGGUUUUGCCUUUGAUUACACAGUACAUUAUCCAGAAAGAAAAAAGUAUAAGAAUAGUAAUGAUAAAUCUAAAAAUAGUGAGCUAAUCAUCUCCAUAAAAAAUCAAUCAAAUGCAAUUUAAAAUAAAUAAAAUCACAUUGAGAUAAAAUUUCAAUAAGGCAAAGCUUUAGUCAAUAAAUAUUAACUAUUAAAAUAUAAAAUAAUAUAAAUUAUUGGGACAAUAUUUGAUUGAGAAGGUAGAAUGUGGCGGGAAUUCUAAAAAGAAAAUUUCUUCACUGGCUAAUUAUUAUAUUGUGAAAUUAUAACCACUAACUGAUGAAGCAUUUAUAAAAUGUACAAUUUACGAAUUAGAAAUUGCGAAGAGGUAAUUUUUGUAUAGGAUUUUGAAGAGAAGAAGAAAUUAUUGUAUUACAAUUCUUCAUUAGUAUUUAUAGCGACACUUCAGACUAAUGUAUUAUGCAAUUUAACUAAUUUAUAUUUUCUAGUAUCUUUUUUAUAAGGAAAUACCCUUUAUUUUCAAUUUUUCUUCACGUCCUUCAAAUUUUUACGCCCAAUUUAUAAAUUAGGAAAUUGUGAUAUGAAAAAGAAGAUAAACUUUCUCUCAUUAACUGAAAAUGAAUAUUCACCAAUCUUUCGCCCUUUUAUAGUGGAUCCAAUGUUUGAUCCCAUGUAGUCACGGUGACUUUGAAUUUACUAAGCCGAAAACCAAAAUUUUGUAAGAAACAAAAGGGAAGUGAAAAUAAAACGAGUAAAUUAUUAAAA